AUGCGGUCGGCGGCAGGUGGUGGCGGCAGCAGCGGCGGCAGCACUGCCACGUUGCCUGCAGGUGUGGCAAGCCAGCUGUGGCGUUACGACUCCCCUCUCCUCCGUCACCUGAGUACAGUCGCAGAGGCAGAGGUGCGCUUGCUGUGCUUGUUGCACUCCGCCUGCUCAGCAACACCAUUAAGCCAUCGCACCGACACAUGCCUCUGCUUGCAGAAGCCAGCGUCCGACACCAUCCUGCCGCCGUACGAAUUGGUCAAGCAACGCGCGGCAGCGGCAGCAGCACAGGGCGGCGGCGCCGAGGCGCGACCGCUGCUGGAGCUGUGGGCUGGCGAGCUCGCGCGGUUUGAUGCCCUCAUGCGCAACUUUCGAAAUUCGGGUGCGGUGAAGGACCAGGCGCUGGCGCUGUACGUCAAUAGCAAGCUGUAUGCGGAAGCCGUGCCUCGCUUUCAGGAGUUUUUGCUGGCAGCCAUGGACCCUGAGCUGUGCAGCGCGCUGAUGCAGCUGCAGGUGAGGGAUGACCAGCAGGCACUGUUUCCCUACUUUGCCCAGUUUGUGCUGGAGCGGUACAUGGCAGACAUCAAAGCAUACAGGGACAUGAUCCAGACAGUGGACCUGCGCAACCCGCACCAAUGGUUCCCAGUGGCGCGUGCGCUGCAGCGUCGCAUCAUCUACCACGCCGGUCCCACCAACAGCGGCAAGACGUACAAUGCGCUGCAAGCCAUGCGGUCAGCUCAGUCUGGCAUUUAUUGCGGGCCCCUCAGAUUGCUGGCAAUGGAGGUCUAUGAUACGUUCAACGCAGACGGGCUGUAUUGCAAUCUCAUCACUGGCCAGGAGCGACGUGAGCUGCCUGGUGCGGAGCACACGGCAUGCACGGUAGAGAUGGUCAACAUGCAGCGGCGCGUGGAUGUGGCGGUCAUUGAUGAGAUCCAGAUGAUUGGCGACGAGAGCAGGCAAGAGCUCUGCUGCUGCCCUGGGAUUUGUUGCAGGGGUUGGGCAUGGACACGUGCGCUGAUGGGUGCGCCCGCCAACGAAGUCCACCUCUGCGGCGACGGAUCAGCGCUGCCGCUUGUGCGCAAGAUCUGCGAGGAGAUGGGAGAGACGCUGGAGGUCAACACCUACGACCGCUUCACCACCCUGGAGGUGGAGCCGGGCGGUCUGGUGGGUGGCUACUCUGCGGUGCAGCCGGGCGACUGUAUCGUUGCCUUCAGCCGGAAGGACAUUUAUAACAUCAAGCAAUUCAUAGAGCAGGAGACCAAGCACCGAGCAUGUGUGGUGUACGGCGCACUGCCGCCCGAGACACGGCGCCAGCAGGCCAAGCUCUUCAACGAGCCAGACAAUGCGUACCGCGUGAUGGUGGCCAGCGACGCUGUGGGCAUGGGCCUCAACCUGAACAUCCGCCGCAUCAUUUUCCACUCCGUCAACAAACGAGAGGGUGGCAAGCAGGUGCCUGUCAGCGUCAGCAUGAUCAAGCAGAUAGCGGGGCGCGCGGGGCGGCGCAGCAGUCAGUGGCCAAAGGGGCUGGCCACCUGUCUCAACCCGACUGAUGUGCCACGGCUGCAAGAGGCGAUCGAUGUGCCACUGGAUCAGCUGGUGACCCCCACCGCGGGGUUGUUCCCCGAGUUUGAGCACUUUGAGGUGUUUGCAGGGCAGCGCCCGGACGAGCCAUACAGCUCGCUGCUGGGGGCAUUUGAGCGCGAGGCGCUGCUGGACAGCAGCUACUUCUUCUGCAAGCAGGACAGUGUGGUGCAGGCGGCGCAGCUGCUGGGCGAGCUGGGCCUCUCAGUCAAGGACAUGUUCUCCUUCUGCAUGGCCCCCGCCUCCGCGUCUGACCUGCGCCUCGCCGCGGCACUGCUCCACUUUGCCACCAAGUACAGCAAGGGGCUGCCUGUGACGCUCGACAUCUCCAUCCCCAACCGCGUGCCCGCCAGCACGGAUGAGCUGCGCCACAUGGAGGCGGCGCACCAGGUGGCCAUGCUGUGGCUGUGGCUGAGCUAUCGCUUCGACCCUGAGGUCUUCCCGCAGCGUGAGAAGGUGGGAGGCCAGUAA